AAAACAAAUUUAUAUAUUGCAGUGGAAGAAGAAAAAAAUUAUGAAAAUUGAAUAUUGUGAAAGCCUGAGUUAUUUAAGGAUUAAAAAAAGACUAAUCAUCUUGAUGAGAUGUUGAAACAGAAUGGAAAAACAUCAUUCCACUGUAAUAUUUGUGAAAAGUCAUUCUCCCAAGAAAGGGAUUUAACUACCCAUAAAUGUAUUCAUACAGGAAAGAGUCCAUAUUCCUGUGAUUUCUGUGCUAAACCCUUCACUAGGACAAGUCACCUAAUUGCUCACAAACAUAUUCAUACUGGAGAGAAGCCGUAUCACUGUGACAUCUGUAGUAAAUCAUUCUCUGAUAAAAGUACUUUAACUAAACACAAACGUAUUCAUACAGGAGAGAGUCCAUAUCAUUGUACCAUUUGUGGUAAAUCCUUCUCUCAGACAAAUCACUUAACUAGACACAAGUAUAUUCAUAUUGGAAAGAAGCCAUAUGACUGUGAUAUCUGUGGUAAAUCAUUCACUGCUAAAGGUACCUUAACUACUCACAGACAAAACCAUGCAGGAAGGAAUCCAUAUCAUUGUGAUAUCUGUGGUAAAUCAUUCUCUCGAAAUUGUGACUUGACCACUCACAAACGUAUUCAUACAGGAGAGAGACCAUAUCACUGUGACAUCUGUGGUAAAUCAUUCUCUACAAUAGGUCCUUUAGCUGCUCAUAAGCGUACUCAUACAGGUGAGAAGCCAUAUCAUUGUGAUAUUUGUGGUAAAUCAUUUUCUAUAUCAGGUAAUUUAAGCAAACACAAACAUAUUCAUACAGGAGAUAAGCCAUAUAAUUGUGACAUCUGUGGUAAAUCUUUCUCUGCCAUAAGUUCCGUAGCUACUCAUAAAUGCAUUCAUUCAGGCGAGUUGCCAUAUAAUUGCCAUGUCUGUGGUAAAUCCUUUUCAAUAACAAGUAACUUAACUAAGCAUAAACGUAUUCAUACAGGAGAGAAACCAUAUCACUGUGAUAUCUGUGGUAAACCGUUCUCUAGAAGUGAUGAUUUAAUUACUCAUAAACGUAUUCAUACAGGAGAGAAACCAUAUCACUGUGAUAUCUGUGGUAAAUCAUUCUCUCGAAAUAGAGAUCUACCUACUCACAAAUGUAUCCUUAUAAGAGAGAAGCCAUAACAGUGUGAUAAUUUUCUCAUUCAAGAAAGAAGUCAUAUUAAUAUCAUUUUUGUGGUGGAUCAUUCUCUCAAAUCAUUUUAACAUAAACAUAUUCAUACAUUAGAGUAACCAUAUCACUCUUAUGUCUAGGUUCAUUGUAUAUUCAUUAAAGUAAAAUUAUUAUGAUUAAAUUACAUCAUAUUAUACAUUGCUUAUAAUUUUGUUGCCCAGAAAUUUCUUUGCAGCCAAUAGAUCUUCAGAUAUAUUCAUCAUGGCAAAUACAUCAUUGCCAAACUUGUAAUGCUUUUUACCUAUGUUACAAAUACAUUGCUAAAUGGUAGAAGCAGCUGAGAAGAGUUCCAAUUGGAUCUGGUGAAGUAGGAAUGGAGAUGAAUUUCAAAAAGAGUAAUAUACCUUCUGGCUAAACUGGUUACAACAGACAAGGUACAUUGGCUCUGGGGCACCUUAAGUGUUCAGAGGAUUGUAUUACAGACAGUAGCACAAAAUAUGGAAGCACAGUUAUUCAUGAGUUAUGACCUGGACACUGCCUAGUCUUCUUAGAGCAUAAGGAGUUAAAGGGUCUCUGAAGACC